AUGAUCCUAGGUCGUACUAUCUCUCUGUUUUUGGGCUGCUCCGCGCUUGUCUCUGGAGCUUUGAUCGAGCAUCAUGCCGCUAGUUCUACAGACCAGCCUGUCGAUGUUCCUUACAAUCUGGAUAUGUUUUCCCAAGCAGCCGUUCUAGCUCAAGAAACUUAUUGUGGUGAGCAGGCACACGACUACGGACUCAAGCUCGGUGAUGCUACGCUUUUGUGGACAGCUGGCGAUGGAAACGUCAGACAGCGAGUGAAUUUAUAUCAAUCAGACAGUCUAGGAAUUGCAGUUGCAAUCCAAGGUACCAAUACAUCAUCGUUACGUUCCGAUUUGCAUGAUGCUCAGUUGCGUCCUGUUGAUCCUGACAGCCGCUACCGUCGAUUCCUCCCUCAAGGUACAAAGGUUAUGAAUGGAUUCCAAAAGGGGUAUACCGAUCUUGUCGAUGAUAUCUUUGACCACGUGAAGAAGUUCAAGCAAGAAAAGAAUGAGUCGCGCGUUACUGUGAUUGGACAUUCGCUUGGUGCUGCAAUUGGUCUGCUUGCGUCUUUGGACAUUAAUCUUCGCCUUGAAGAUGGUCUAUUCAAAUCUUAUCUGUUCGGUCUUCCACGAGUUGGUAAUCCUAUCUUUGCUAAUUUUGUUGACCGCAAGAUUGGUGACAAAUUGCACUGGGUUGUAAAUGGACGAGACUGGGUCCCAACUGUUCCACCGCGAGCGUUGGGCUACCAACACCCGUCAAAUUACGUCUGGAUCUAUCCAGCUAACUCGACUAACUGGAAGCUGUAUCCUGGUCAGGAAAAUGUUCACGGAAUGCUCACUGUAGCCCGUGAGUUCAACUUCGAUGACCACGAAGGCAUUUACUUCCACACUCAGAUUGGUGCCUCUUUGGGCAAAUGCCCAGCCGUUCUCGGAGGAUAUUGA